AUGAUUACACAACUUAACAAGAAAGGCUAAAUCAAUUUGAAGGUGUUCAUACUGGAAAGAUUACUUCAUUUAUAUUAUUUUGUAAGUCUUUAAAAGAUAAUGUUUUAUUUCAUUAGCAUUUUAGGUGAUUUACAAGGCAUUACAUUUUUAUGGGUUCCUAUCUUUGAAUCCUAAAAAUUAACAUUUUUUUAAAAUAAAAUUAAUUAUGAGUCAUUUAUCAUAUACUUAAGCAGAAUUGAUGAGUUGAUUAAUUUUCAAUUUAAUUAAUCAUUACAAUAUUAUUUGAUUCCACUUUUGAUUCAAAUUUUGUUGUUUUAUAUACCCUUACUCAUAUUAAUUUAUCAAUAAAAGAAAGAAAAAAUACAUAAACUUACAAUAAUUAACUAUUACAUAAAGAUAAGUUCAAUAUUUUUUCAAACAUUUAUAACUUAUUUAUAUGUACCAUUUAUAAUAUUGUGUACUCAAUCAUUAAUUAUAACAUUCAACUAAAACUAAUCACUUUUCCAUGUAAUUUUUGCCAUCUUUUCUCUUAUAUUAACAUUUAUAAUUCUAAUGAUCAACCUAUUACUUAAUAGAGAAACACUAGAUUUAAAAGUAAAUAGAUUCUAAAAAUUUAAUUAAACGUUUCUUGAUUAUCUAUAAAUAAUACUAUAGAUAUUAUAAAUUUUUGUUUAUGGCAUCAUAAAAAGUGAAAUUAAUGGAUAAACUUUAUAAAGUGUCUUAGUGCUUACAAUUUCAUUUAUUAACAUAAUAUAGGUAUCCUAAUAUGAAUAUACAGACAUUAUUAGAACCAAAAUUAGUUUAAUUACUUCAUCAUUUGGAUGUGUUGCAUCAAUAUAUAGUUUAAUUUAAAAUCUAAAAUAAGAUUUGAUUUAUAAAUUUACAAAUACUGGAAUAAUUAUGAUUUUUAUAUCUUUAAGCAAAUUAAUGUUAAUAUUUUAUAAUUAGAGGGAAGAGAACAUACAAAACAAUAUUUUAUAAAUAAAGUAACAUAAGAUAAUUAAGUAUUAUUUAUCAAGACUAAUUAAUGAUGAUCUUACAAAAGUUGAAAAAAAAAUUAAUAAUUCAAUAUUAUUACAUUAAAUGAGCAAAAUAUUUGAAUAACAUUCAAAUGAUACAUAAACAAAAUCAUCUUAUUUAAAUAUUUUAACAUCAUAAAAUUUAGAUGUAUUUAUUUAAAAAAAAUUAAAAUAAUAUGUAAAAAGUAUCUCAAAAACUAAAGGAUUUGAUUUGCAUUAUGUAGCCCUAUUAUACAACUUUGGAUUUUCAAAUCUAGCAUUAAUUUAGAUAAAUUCAUUAAUUAAUAAAUAAUUAACUUAAUCAAAAUAUAAAGGGUUUUUGGGAGAUGUUGAUGCUCCAAGUAGUGUUUUAGAUAGUUCCUAAAAAUAUACAGCUCAUUAAUCAGUUUCUAGCAAAUCAUUCAGAUCUAAUACUGAUGAAAUUAAUGAUAUAGCUAAAAGAGCAUAAUUUAAAAAGAGUAAAUUAAUAUUGGUUGGUAACUAUUAAUUGACAUAGCUAAAUACUGCAAGAGCAUUAUAUUUAAAAAGUUAAAUAAAAGAGAAUUUGUAAUUUAAAUUUUAUGAGAAUAAUAAUACUAAAACCUAGUUAAAUGAAAUGAAGUAGGGAGUAGAAUUAUUUUUGAAGAAUGAAAAAAGAAAUUAAGGAUUAAAAAAUACAAUGAUUUAAUUGAUUAAUGAGAAAGUAUCUUUUACUUUAUAAUUCACAACCAAAAAAGCCAUUGAUGCAGAUUAAUUAUAUAAUAGAGCAAUAAAGCUUAGUAAAAUAUAAUAAAGUUUAGAGGAGAAGUUAUUUAUAAGAUAUUAAUAAUUUCCAAGUUUAAAAAUAUAAUCAAUCUUAGUAUUUUAUUAAGGAGAGAUCUUAAAUAAUUAUAUUGAAGCAUAUAAAUAUAAAAAUUUAACUUCAAUGCCAGAAGAAUAAUUAAUUAACAUGGAUGUUAAUAUUAAAACAGCAUUUUUUUCAAAGAAAGUUGUUUAUUUAAAUAUAUAAUUGGAAUAUAAUUAAAAUUUAUUAAUUACAAGCAAAUCUGAAAAUUCAUUGAGAUUUUUUUAAAUAUCACAAGAAGAAUCAAAACAUUUUAAUAAUGUUGAUUAUCUCCUUCCUUUGGCUAUAAAAAAUGAACAUAGUUUAUUAGUAUAAAGAUUUACAUAAACAAGUAAAUCAAAAUUUUAUUUGAAUUCAAGUUAAACAUUUUUUAAAUUAAAUAACUUAUUAAUAAAACCAUGUUAACUUUUAUUUGAUAUUCAUUUUGAUAACAUUAAUCAUUAUAAAUUUUCAGCAUUUUUUUCAGAGAGCAUUAAUUAAUCUGCUUAUUUAUUGGUUGAUAUAAAUCAAAAAGUAGGAGGAAUAACAGAGAGUUUCUUUGAAAAAUUAGGAUUAAAUGAAGAUUAUUAUAUGUAAUUUAAUAAAUAGGAAUAAACACAAUUAUAAAUUGAUUAUCUAAUCCCAAAUUUUAAAAAACUAAUUGAAACUAAAUAAUAAAAUACAAUUACUGAAAUAAGAUUUUUAAAGGAAGCAUAUCUAUUAGAAAGUUAUGGAGAGAAAAUCAGAAAUUAAACUAGAUAAUAAUCAUUAACUUCAACUUAUUGGUCUAAUCUAGAAUAAACUUACAUAUUUGAAGCUGAAAUAUGUAUUUAAUAUCAUGAUAUUUUUGGUUAUAAUUAUUUCAUUAUAGAAAUAAAAGAUGUUAGAUAAUUAAUUAAUUCUAAAAGAUCAUAAGUUUCAAGUAGAAAUAGAAAAUAAGAAGGAUUAGAAGAAUUUUUUGAAUUAUCAGAAUUAUCUGAAGUUGAAGCUAUAGCAUAAUCUCCUAAAAUUUCAAAAUAAUAGAAUAAGUUUAAAAUUUGUUAUGAUGAAAAUUUAGAAGAGAAUAAAAUAAUGUAAAAGAUUUUAUAAGAAUUGGAAGAGAAAUAAAAAGCAGAAUAAUAAUAAACAAUAGAAUAAUAAUAAAAAUUAGAAUAAUCAUAAUAGAUAUAAAAUAUAUCUUUUUAAUAGAAUAUUCUAAGUCCUAAUUUUAGUAAUGCUCCUUGGUAAGAUUAAUCUCAAAUACCAUUACAAAUACAACAUAAUAGUAUGUAAUAGGACUAUUUUCAUAAAGACAAUGAUAAUGAUAAAUCAUUUUCAGUUUACUAAUCAAAAAAUAUCAAAUUAGAAGAAAUAGAAGAUGAAUUUAAAAGUCGUAGUGCAAAGUAAAAGGUUACUACUAGAUAAAAUAAAAAUAUGGAAGGAGAAAAAGAAUAAUCUUCAUCUAAUAAUGCAUUUAAGGGUAUAAAGAAAUCAAUAUUUUAUAAAAAAUAUGAAACCAUUUUUCAAUUAAUUGAACCAAUUACUCCAACAACUCUGAAACUAUUCAUAAUGUUUUAAAUACUAACUUACAUAAUUGCAUUAACUUAUUUUAUUAUUAUACUUGCAAGUGCAUAAGUAGAUUUGAAUAGAUUCAUAGGAGAAAUAGAUAUGAUUUAAUUACAUGCAGGAAUAAUGAAUCCUCAUGAUUUGUAUUUGUAAAUAAGACAACCAAUUAUUACAUAUAAUUCAUUUUUAGUUGCAGGUAAAAUUACAAAAGCAGAAUUUAAAGAGCUUACUGAUCCCUUAUAUGAAAAUGUUGGUAUUGGAUAUUAUGAAUUCAAAGAGGGUUUUAUCUAUUGGUUAGGCAAUGAAUACUUAACUCCAUUUUUAAAGGAUUAGAAUAUAACUGUAUAUUAUAUGUUACAUAAUGGGUCUUAAACAUAUCCAAUAACUCAAAAUAUACGAGAAGCAUUGAUGGCUACAUUGUCAUAUUAUUAUGAUUUUAAAUUAAGAUUUGAGGCAAGAUUGAGUACAGCUAAUCAAACUUAUUAAGUUUAUUAAUUUGCAAAUAUUUAUAAUUUUCAUUUUUGGUUAGAGGAUUUGACUAUGGAAGUUUAUGAAUACUCAAAGAAUCGAAGUAUAGAUGUAAGCAACAAAUGGAAUAUGAUUUGGAUCAUUUAUUUAAUGGUGAAUAUUUGUCCAUUAUUUGCUAGUUUAUUUUAUUAUAGGAUAUUUAAUUCAAAAUUUGAUUAAUUUGUAAGUCUAUUUAAAUAUUGUUCAUCUUAUAGAAUGGAAUUAGAAUUAGAAAGAUUAAAGUACAUUUUAAAAGUAUUAAAUAAAAAUAGUGAUUUAUUAUUUAAUUACUAAUUUAAUAUAGAAUAAAAGGAAGAUGAUAUAUUUAAAUCAAGGUUAGAGCAUGAAUAAUAAAAAGUUAAGGAUAUCAAAAUUUAAUAAUAGUUUAAAAAAAUAUCUUUUGGUAUCAAAUUCAUUUUUGUAAUUAUUGGUUGGAUGGUGUUUUUUGCAUUGAGUUUAGUAUCUAAUAUUCAAAUAGGAGAAUAUUUGAAUAAAUAUUCAGCUACAGCAGAUGCCUAUAAAUUAAUUCAAGAUAUGUCUUUAUAUGCAGGUACACUUUAUCGAAAUAGAGAUUUUGGAUUGGCUUUUGCAAAUUAUCCUUAUUUGAGACCUUUUGAUACAGAAAAGUUUUAUUUCACAAUCAAUACUGGAUUAGAAACAAUAUCUAAAUUCUUAUAAUUUUCUUAUACUUUUGAUUCCAGUUAAUAUUAAACUUCUGAAGAUUUCUUUAACUUCUUUUAAUCUUUGUAGGAAAACAAUAUUUGUAUAGUAUUAGGAGAUUAAAAUUUAGGUUUUUUAAAAUAAUAUUGUGAAAAGUCUUUGUAAGGUACUUUAUUAUUAGGAUUAUUUCCUACAUUAAAAUUUAUAUCAAAUUCUAUUUCCAUUCAAAUGUAGAUUAAUAAUUUUACAAAAAGAGUAGAAUUUAAUAAAUAUGAGAAUGAAGGUAGUCUUAUAGUGCUGAGAGCAUUUUAAUUAAUGAGUAAAUAAUUUAAAUUAGGAAUGGUCAAUGUAACAGAAGAAUAAAUUAUAAUAUGUAACACAAUCUCAAUCAUCUUUAUUGUUUAUUCAUUAUUAUUGAUGUCUUAUUUUCUAUUUAUUUUGAUGCAAAAAUUAAGGAUUGAGUUGAAUUUAGCCAGAAGAUUUAUUUUGCUAAUACCAUCAACUGUGCUAUUCUUGGAUGAUCAAUUUGAUAGACAUGUUAGAAUCCUAAUUGCAGGAUAAGAAUAUUGA